AUGAGCAUUCAGGAUCCGUUCAACGGCCCUACGAGGCUCUUCCAAGGUAGAAAUGAAUCGAUCUCAUCUCCAUCCAUCCAUCCAUCCCUCUUCUUUCUCGUACCCGGAGUUCCGCCUUUCGGUCUCACUGGCACGCUACACGAAGAUCAUAUGUAG